AUGCUGAAAUCCGUGCUAGCAGCAAUGCCUACAUACACAAUGACGUGUUUUAAGCUACCAGCGGGACUGAAUAAGCGGAUACAGUCAGCGCUAACAAGAUUCUGGUGGGAUGGAAGCCAAGAAAACAAAAGGAUGUGCUGGGUUUCAUGGAAAAAACUAACAAAAUCAAAGAGAGAAGGAGGAUUGGGCUUUAGAGACUUACAUCAUUUCAACGAUGCCCUACUCGCAAAGAUAAGUUGGCGCAUCCUCACAAAACCAUCAUGUCUACUAGCAAGAGUACUCACAGGGAAAUACUGCCCAGAGAAGAACUUCUUGGAGUGUGACAUCAGUACCUCGGCGUCACAUGGCUGGAGAGGGAUAUGCCUAGGAUGA